GCCAUGAAGGAGUGUAUCCACUAGGCGGUGAUGUUGUCUACGAGCUGGAGGGUGUGUGCGUUCCCGCAGCAACAGGGAAGAUGGCAGCUCUCACAUCUCUCACCCAGCUGUCAAGUGGAAACCCUGUGUACGAGAACUUUUAUAGACAGGUGGACCCAGGCAACACAGGGAGAGUCGGGCCCACAGAGGCUGCCUUGUUCCUGAAGACAUCUGGCCUUCCUGAUGUCACGUUGGGAAAGAUCUGGGAUUUGGCCGACCCAGAUGGGAAAGGAUUCUUGGAUAAACAGGGGUUUUAUGUAGCUCUGCGGCUGGUGGCCUGUGCACAGAGUGGACAAGACGUCAGCCUCAACAGUCUGAACCUCACUGUUCCUCCCCCCAAAUUUAAAGAUACUAGCAGCCCGUCCCUGAGCACGUCGUCGGCCUCUACUGAAGUCCACUGGGCUGUGCGGCCAGAAGAAAAGAGUAAAUUUGAUGGGAUAUUUGAAAGUCUUUCACCAGUCAAUGGACUACUCUCUGGUGAUAAAGUGAAACCAGUUCUAAUUAACUCUAAACUACCUCUGGAUGUGUUAGGGAAGGUUUGGGAUCUCAGUGACAUUGAUAAAGAUGGACAUCUGGAUCGUGAUGAGUUUGCCGUGGCCAUGCACCUGGUUUAUCGGGCUUUGGAGAAGGAGCCGGUCCCUCCCGUUCUCCCCUCCUCUCUCAUCCCUCCAAACAAGAGGAAGAAGUCGCUGGUGGGCUCCCUCCCUGGCACAGUGCCCAUGCUGCCCGCCAGCCCCCCACCUCCCAAGGACAGCCUGCGCUCCACCCCUUCCCAUGGCAGCAUGAACUCCCUCAACAGUGCCGGCAGCCUCUCCCCCAAACACACACUGAAGUCUGCCCAGCACUCUGUGAACUGGGUAGUCCCAGUGGCAGACAGGGGCCGCUUUGACGACAUCUUCCUGAAGACAGACUUGGAUCUGGACGGCUUUGUCAGUGGCAUGGAAGUCAAGGACAUCUUCAUGCACUCCGGCCUGCCCCAGAACCUGUUGGCGCACAUCUGGGCCCUGGCAGACACCAGGCAGAUGGGGAAGUUGACGCGGGAGCAGUUCUCUCUGGCCAUGCACUUCAUCCAGCAGAAAGUCACCAAAGGCACAGACCCGCCUCAGGCCCUCACCCCCGAGAUGAUCCCCCCUUCAGAGAGGGGCACGCCCGUGCCAGUGUGUACCACGCCCUCCCAUAGCAUGUCUGGCUAUAUGACUCCUGUGAGCUCUGAGAUGGCUGCUCUGUCUGAGAUGAGGCGGCAAAUAAUGUUCAAGUUAUGGGACAGCUCCAGUUCUGUUGGGUCAGGGUCAGAGUUCACUGGAAUCAAGGAGCUGGAUGACAUCAGUCAAGAGAUUGCUCAGUUGCAGAGCACGCUUGCUUUUACACACUGGAAUGCCCUCAGGGAGAAGUUCACCCUGGAGCAGGACAUCAGGGAGACAGAGGAGGCCAUCAGACACAAGACCUCAGAGGUUCAGGAGAUGCAGAAUGAUCUGGACAGGGAGACGGGCAGCCUACAGGAGCUGGAGGCUCAGAAGCAGGAUGCCCAAGAGAGGCUGGAGGAGAUGGACCAGCAGAAGGCCAAGUUGGAAGACAUGCUGAAUGAUGUCCGGAUCAAAUGUAACGAAGAGUCACAAAUGAUUUCAUCUCUUCAGAACCAGAUCCACACCCAGGAGACUGACUUACAGAGCCAGGAGGAGCAGCUGAGUCGGGCCAAGGCAGACCUGAACCGGCUGCAGCUGGAGGAGAGCCAGCUGGAACAGAGCCUGACUGCUGGGAAGUUCCAACUGGAGACCAUCAUUAAGUCCCUCAAAGCUACCCAGGAUGAAAUCAACCAGGCUCGUAGUAAGCUCUCUCAGAUCCAGGACAGCCAACAGGAGAUGACCAAGAGCAUAGAGCAGUACAACAGCACCCUGAACGGGGCCCACGGAGGCAGUAUGACCAACCUGGCUGACAUGAGUGAGGGGUUCCCCGACCGUGAGAAUGGAGGCUUCGGAGCCAUGGAGGACCCAUUCAAGGUGAAGACCUCGGUAUUCAACAGCGUCCCUCAAGAGAUGCAUACGGACCCCUUCCACUCUGAAGACCCCUUCAAGACAGACCCGUUCAAAGGUGACCCCUUCCAAAACGACCCUUUUGCAAAGCAGCCAUCACAACCGGCUGUGGCAGAUCUCUCUCUCCAUCCAGACCCAUUUGGCGGUGACCCCUUUAAAGAGGCGGACCCUUUCAAGGCCUCAUCUGAAGACUUCUUCAAGAAGAGCACAAACAAGGCAGACCCCUUUAGCACGCCAGACCCCUUUAGUAAAAGUGCCACCCUCCCGUCCAAGACUAGUCAUUUUGCCAGCAGUGCAGAUCCUUUCAUAUCCAUAAGCCCAAAACCCAGCAGAGGCCCAGGACCAGAUCUCUUUGGCACUCUGGACCCCUUUGGAAGCAGUACUGCUUUCGCAGGCAGUAACAGCUCAUUUGGUAGUAACUGUAACAGUGGGUUUGCAGACUUCAGUCAAAUGUCAAAGGUCAGAGACCCACUGGAAGGAAGAGCAGGUUUUCCAGAAUAUCAGCAGUCGGGGUUUGGGGACGACCCCUUCAGUAGGAAGCAGGACGGUCCAGCUUUGCCACCCAAGAAGAGCGUUCCGCCCCGACCCAAACCGCCCAGUGUGACAUCCACAGAAGAACGUUGUAAAAGCACUCCUGUCAACAUGCCUGGAGGAGCUGGAGAUUCAGCCAAACCCUGCGACCCCUUUCAGCCAUUCGGCAGUGACGCCGUCGACCCCUUUCAGAGUAAAAAGGGGGUCGGAGACCCCUUUAGUGGCAAAGAUCCUUUUGCCCCAUCUGCCUCAAGUAAAGCCUCUAAAGACUCUUCCUUGGGUUUUGCAGACUUCAGUUCUGACCAGAAAAAGUUAAGUUUGGAAAUGAGGCCCAGCAACUGGAAUGGGCAAAGCGGGAGAGCGAGCGAGCGGAGCGAGAGCGGCUGAAGAGGCUCCGCCAGCAGGAGCAGGAGGACUUGGAGCUGGCCAUCGCUCUCAGCAAGGCCGAGAUGUCUCACGGCUAACCUGGACACACACAGACAGUACAUAGAUAGGCACACCGACGCACGCAUAUAGACACACACGCAGGCGCUCUCCUACUAGCAUUAAUCGUACAACGCACACACUCACGACGUACUUCUAGGACUGGCACACGCCAUACCCCACACACUGUGAAUGACCCGGAGCUGGCUAUUUCCCCCAACACGUGACCUCCUCUUCGACCGCACACGCCACUGCCAUGACACACAUGCGCACGCUGUCUGAUACCCAACGCACAGAUGUGCACACGUCAACCCCAGACCGCACCAAACUGUCAAAAGCAAAAAAAAAAUAUAGCCGAACAGAACUUUUGGGGGUAGGCCUGAACCUAUGUGAAUUACCGCGGGAGGUUGGAGUUGGAUAUAAAAGUUGAAGCCGACCACCACGAUCGCUCCUGUAGUUUGAUGGGUGGGGAGAGUGGAACGGAGCACAGUUUGAAUGAACCGAUGCACUGCUUAAACGCACUAUGGAGGCUGGAUCAACGAGUGACGGUCAACAGGAGUACGUGUCUAUCUGGUGGGGGAGCACGGAUCCCCUCAAUGGACUGACUGGAGCUCUGACAGACUGGACGAGGAGAAUAACGGGAACACUGGGAUGCUUAUUAAGUUGAAGACAUUUUAGCGUGGGUUUAUUAUGUGAAUGUGAAGGCUCGCGGGAGCAUUGAUUGGGUGCUGGUCGUCUCUUGACUGGCUACUGCAAGUGUUAUGAGUGAGGGAGAGAGGCGUUUGCUUGGACCAGAACAAAUUGUACAGAUAUAUUUUCUUUCUUAGGGAGUGUGAGGUAGAUGCAAUGCUAUGAAAACAUUUGAUUGCUUCUUCAGCGUACAUAGGGAGGAGGAAUGAGUACUCCACUGUUCCUCCUCUGAAAGGUCAGUUAGGUUUCAAUGCUGUGAUGUUUCUUUAAACAACAAAAGGCUGGAUGAGGGAAAUUAAAAAGCCACUCAGGCCACAUGAUCGUCUGUCUGAAAUCUCCUUCCAAACGUAAAGAGUUGAAACAACUCGUUCUAAACUAUUGAAAGAGACAGAGCAGGUCCCAUUUAGACCAGGUGAGAUCAAUUUUGAAGGACAGCACGUUUUUUGGAAGGGGCUGGCGAUUUCAAUGUGGUCAUGUGACUAGAGGGAAACUUUAAAUUACAUUUUAUUAUGUUUUAUUGUAGAGGGUUAACAUGAAGAUAUUAUUUCAUUGUGAUAUGUGUUAUUUUAUUGUUUUAGACGUAUUGUUUACUGAAGUUUUGGUUCUGAAUGUUACGAGUCUGAUAAACCUACAAGCACAAGCUGCGAAGAGGUUAAAGAAUCUUUGGGCCUGUGGUUUUCUUAGCUAACCAUUAAGGAUAUGCAAGUUAUUUAGAUCAAGAGUUUCACAGCUUUUACUGGAAUAUUCAACUGUUUACGGUACAGUGUGUCAUAGUUUGUCACGACUUGUGCUCAACCACUUUGUUUUAGAGGCGUUGUCUUCUACUUGAACUCCCUGCCGAUGGUAUUGUCUGGCUAACUAAACCGGGUGGGUUUUACAUUGCAUUCAAACAUAAGCUUUUAAUUGAACCGAACAGAGAUGAUGAUGAUCAUAUUAGCUGAGGCCCUAAUCAUGUGUAAAGGACCGGUGCGCUCAUUGCCCCUGUGUUCUAUGUUCUCCUGUACUCAACUGUCUGUCCUAGUUGUGUCCAUGUCCUUUCAUAAGGUUUACUGUAAUGCCAUUAUUUCCCGUAUUAUUGGACUAGCUUAAUGAAAAAUCCUAUUCUGAGCCAUAUGGAAUGUAGUGAAAAUGUGUUAUUAUGGUUUCUUCCACUGAGUUGGGGAAGGACGUGAUGUGAGUUAGUUAUGCGUUAUGGGCAGUUAACUCUGCCACAAGGUCGAUGUAGCAUCCAUCUUUCCCUGACACAUAUGUGAUAAUGUUGCCAUAUUAUGUUUCUUUGCUGUAGUGGUUACAAGUGUAAAUGAACAUUCUCUGGUACUGACCUUUAAAAGUCUGUGGUGUUUUAAUCACAGGUCAGAUGCCCAAAUCUUUGGGUACUGAAUACUGCAGACCUUUCCCGGCAUGUCAUAACCCCUGUAGUGUGUCCUGAGUUUAGGGAUAAUGUCAUAACCCCUGUAGUGUGGCCUGAGUUUAGGGAUAAUAUCAUAACCCCUGUAUUGUCCUGAGGUUAGGGAUAAUGUCACAAACCCUGUAGUGUGUCCUAAGGUUAGGGAUAAUGUCGCAAACCCUGUAGUGUGUCCUAAGGUUAGGGAUAAUGUCAUAACCCCUGUAGUGUCCUAAGGUUAGGGAUAAUAUCAUAACCCCUGUAGUGUCCUAAGGUUAGGGAUAAUGUCACAAAACCUGCAGUGUGCCCUAAGGUUAGGGAUUAUGUCAUAUCCCCUGUAGUGUGUCCAAAGGUUAGGGAAAACCAACAAUGAGGAUGCUUGAAUUAUUCUGAGAUUCGGACAUGACUCUUUCUGUCCAUUUCUCAUUUCUUAUUCAGCAUCUUACUCCAUUCUUUGAUGUUGUCAUUGGUCUGACACUUGGGUUGGUGAAAGUCAGGGUUUCAUUAUGUUUCCCAUUCACCUAACACACCAGUCAGGUUAGGGAGGCAGGGUGGAAGGAUGCUUUUUGAGAGUAUUGAAACAUAAUCCACUGCCUAUUGCUCUCUACAUACUUACAACUCAUGCUGUAUUUUGUCUUUGAUACCUACAUUGUGCAAUAGAUUUAAUUUCUUAUUUUUCUCGUUGUUCAUGUGCUGAAAAUACCUGUGAAUUCAGUGGGACUUUUGAUAUGUCUAUGUUUUUCAUGUGUACCCACUGCCCUGGCUUGGUUGACUGUGAUCAUGCAUGUAGAGAUCCAUACAGAGUUGACUGUGGUCAUGCAUAUAGAGAUCCAUACAGAGUUGACUGUGGUCAUGCAUAUAGAGAUCCAUACAGAGUUGACUGUGAUCAUGCAUAUAGAGAUCCAUACAGAGUUGACUGUGAUCAUGCAUAUAGAGAUCCAUACAGAGUUGACUG